CAAAUUAUUUUCAUCCAGUCCAGCUGUGUGACGAUGCAUCUGGUUUGCACCUGCUGCGUCCUAUCUUUCUCCCUGCUGAUGGCGUCACCCCUAGUGAGUGCCACUGUGUCAGACAGCUUCAAAGUCUGCAGCCAUUUUUUCUACAUGCAGACACCACCUGCAGGGAUGAGGGGAGCCAGCCCGAGGAAGAUCUGCCAGACGUAUGCAGACAAACUCCGCUACGCCACCUUGUAUGACAGCAGUCGCCGCCUCCCCCUCUACUCAGCCUACAUCUUUAAGAAGUCUGAUGGGAAGAGGAGAAUGGACACACCAUGGAUGUAUGAGCCACAGUUGGUUUCUGAUGACGAGAGUGGCAACAUGAGAGCACUUCCCCUUACGGAAGACGCCCCCCCUCUGAUCGAGGACAGCCAGGCUGUGCUGGAGGACUACACAGAUGCUGUAGAAUAUAGACGUGGCCCACUGAAUCCAGACUUGCACCAAUCAGAGCCCGAUGACAAAUCCUCCACAUAUACCCUGACCAACGUAGUCCCAUUAAUCACAGACUUCCUGGACACUUCCUGGAACCCAUACUUAGACAUCGUCCGCCGUCGCCUCAACAACUUCUGCCACGGCAAAUCUUUCAUGGUGACAGGGGUGACCAUUUCUGGGGCGGCCAUCCAGCGAGAUAACAGGGACCGCUUGGCAAUCCCAAAACACGUGUGGCUGGCAUACUGCUGCCCACGGUUUGACAAUAACUCUCCAUAUGAGGUGAGGUUCAUGUUCCCUAGUUAUGGGGGCUAUGCGCUGAAUGACCAGACCGACCACAGUGUGGUGGAAGUCCCUCUGAAGACUCUCGAGAGCUUCCUGAAGAGCCAGACAGACAUAGCCAGUGACCUGACUAUUUUUCACAAGGGCUGUGUGUCAGAAAACACCAUCAGGAAGAGGAGAGGCCUGACCAGUGUUUGA